UGAAAAUGCAGAUUAAGGAUGUGUGACACAUCACGUGAUGUCUCACCAAAUUCAUAACUAAAUAUUGAAAUUUUACAGUACACCUAAUGCAUAAAAAAAGAUAUUAUCAGUGUUUUAUUGCAAGAUUCGAUAGUGUAAUUAAUCCGAACGAUCCAUUCAAUGAUAAAUAUAUCUGAUUGAUUAUUGCAAACGUGUGACAAAGUCUUCAGAUCAACGCCAUUUUUAGAUGGUGCAAGUUGUGCGGUGGAGGAAAGGUUGGGCCACGUAGUUACUUCAUGGGAAAAGAUUUAAAUUCCGUAUCUACGUCAUUAGGCUCGGAAUUAUUCAAUAUUGUAAAUACACAUUGUACAGUGAAAAAUGCCACUGAGAUUAGAUAUCAAGCGGAAACUGACUGCUAGGUCAGACAGGGUGAAGAGUGUGGAUCUUCAUCCUACAGAACCAUGGAUGCUCUGUUCAUUGUAUCAGGGAAAUGUUAAUAUUUGGAAUCAUGAAACUCAGAUGUUGGUCAAGACAUUUGAAGUAUGCGACCUGCCAGUUCGUACAGCCAAGUUUGUGCCACGUAAAAAUUGGGUUGUUACUGGUUCAGAUGACAUGCAAGUCAGAGUAUUUAAUUAUAAUACUUUGGAACGCGUACAUUCUUUUGAAGCACAUAGCGACUAUGUCAGAUGCAUUGCCGUGCAUCCAACGCAACCAUUCAUAUUAACAAGCAGUGAUGACAUGUUAAUCAAGUUGUGGAAUUGGGAGAAAGGUUGGAUAGGACAGCAGGUAUUCGAAGGGCAUACACAUUAUGUAAUGCAAGUAGUAUUUAAUCCAAAGGAUAACAAUACAUUUGCAAGCGCUUCAUUAGACAGAACAGUAAAAGUUUGGCAGCUUGGAUCUUCCACUGCCAAUUUCACUUUAGACGGUCAUGAGAAAGGCGUGAAUUGUGUUGACUAUUAUCACGGUGGAGACAAACCAUACUUAAUAUCAGGAGCAGAUGAUAAUUAUGUCAAAAUUUGGGAUUAUCAGAAUAAAACUUGUGUACAGACGCUGGAGGGGCACACACAAAAUAUUUGUGCUGUUUGCUUCCAUCCGGAAUUGCCCAUUAUUCUUACUGGUUCUGAAGAUGGAACAGUUCGAAUAUGGCAUGCUGGAACAUAUAGACUAGAAUCUUCCCUUAAUUAUGGUUUUGAGAGAGUAUGGACGAUUGCUUGCUUACGGGGCUCGAACAAUGUUGCAAUUGGUUACGAUGAGAGUAGUGUUAUAGUGAAAGUUGGCAGAGAGGAGCCCGCAGUCUCGAUGGAUUCACUAGGUGGCAAGAUUGUCUGGGCAAAGCACAGUGAAAUUCAACAAGUAAACUUGAAAGCUCUAGGAGAGGAAACACAAGAUGGAGAGAGGCUCCCAUUGGCUGUGAAAGAUAUGGGUGCCUGUGAGAUCUAUCCACAAACUAUCCAGCACAAUCCAAAUGGAAGAUUUCUGGUGGUUUGUGGAGAUGGAGAGUAUAUUAUUUAUACGUCUAUGGCACUAAGAAAUAAAGCCUUUGGUCAAGCAUCGGAAUUCAUCUGGGCAGCUGAUACAAAUCAGUAUGCUGUCAGAGAAAGCAACACCACUGUUAAAGUCUUUAAGAACUUUAAAGAAAAGAAAAGCUUUAAACCUGAUUUUGGUGCUGAUGGUAUUUUUGGUGGGUUUUUACUGGGCGUUUCUUCCGGAUCUGGUUUAUCAUUCUUCGACUGGGAAAUGCUAAAAUUAAUUCGUCGUAUAGAUAUUCAACCUACACACGUCUAUUGGGCCGAAAAUGGCUCUUUGGUAGCGUUGGCCACAUCCGAUCAAUAUUUUAUUUUGAAAUACCAUGCCGACGCCGUUGCAAAUGCCCCAGAAAAUUCAGAAGAUAUUGAAGAUGCUUUUGAGAUGGUAGCAGAAAUGAGUGAGGUUGUGAAAACUGGACUCUGGGUCGGCGACUGCUUCAUUUACACGAACAGCGUAAAUCGAAUAAACUAUUUCGUCGGUGGAGAAGUUGUAACGGUGUCACACUUAGAUAGACCAAUGUACCUUCUUGGAUAUGUCCCGAGGGAUAACAGAUUGUAUCUAUGCGAUAAGGAACUGUCAGUUGUCUCGUAUUCGUUAUUGUUAUCUGUAUUAGAAUACCAGACUGCUGUUAUGCGAAAAGAUUUCGAGACAGCGGACAGAGUUCUUCCCACGGUCCCCAAAGAACAUCGUACGCGUGUGGCUCAUUUCUUAGAGAAGCAAGGUUUCAAAGAACAAGCAUUGGCUGUAUCCACGGAUCCAGAGCACAGGUUCGAGUUGGCUCUAGCGUUGGGAGACCUUGUGACGGCGCACUCGCUUGCCAAAGAAGCGAACAGCCAGCAAAAAUGGCGACAACUGGCAUCUCUCGCCACGCAGAAAGGGAAAUUGUGCUUGGCGCAAGAAUGUUUACACCAGGCGCAAGAUUUCGGUGGACUCCUGUUACUUGCCACGAGUACAGGAAACGCGAGCAUGAUUCAAAAAUUAGGCACGGACGCCGACGAUACGGGCAAGAACAACAUUUCGUUCUUGUCGUAUUUCAUCCUUGGAGACCUGGACAAAUGUUUGGACAUUCUCAUAAAGACGGACAGAAUCCCGGAGGCUGCGUUCUUUGCGAGAACGUACGCUCCUAGUAAAAUUUCGUCCAUCGUGAAACUGUGGAAAGAGAAACUGUCGACUGUAAGUAAGAAGGCUGGACAGAGUUUGGCCGAUCCUGAACAGUACGAAAAUCUGUUCCCUGGAUACAGAGAAGCAUUAAAGGUGGAACAGUUCCUCCGAGAAGAGAGUAAAAAGAAGAUUUCGGCGUCUGCGUUCCCAAACGUACAACCUAACGUUGAACGAAAACCAUUCGAAGAAAUGCUAGCAGCUGAACAGGCAACUCGUUUCACCUAUAAAGUGGCAACAAGCACUAUCGAGAUGGGAGAAUCGACGACCGAGAGUCUAACAGAGAGGCUACAGGAUCUUGAUAUUGGUAAGAUCAUUUCAUCAUCUACGGGGAAGUCUGAUCUACCUGAGAAGAUCAUGAAGACAACCAGCAGCUCCAGACCAUUAACCGUGGACGAAGACGAUCUCGAUCUCGAUCUUGAGAUCGAUGAUACUAUAGAUACUACUGGUGUGAGUCUUGAUGACGACCUCCUCGAAGAAGAUUAGCCCGUCGAUUGGAAGAUAAACAGUACGUGUAUUUCACACGUGCAAUUUCCAUUCUCCCGUCAAUCAUUCCCCACGAGUCGACCAGAGUCGUUUAGAAUCAAGUAUUAAGAAAAAGAAAAGAAACCGUCGAAGAACAUUCUUGUGCGCGAGUGUUUUUAUCAUGCACAAUAUUCAGCCUGUGCACACAUGUACCGAGAAUUAUAUAUAUUGUAAUAUAACAAAACGUUCACAUA